CUUCCAUCUUCAUGAGGAUAUUGACGGAAAGCGAAUCCCGGCUUCAGUAAAAGCGCAUCGUCCUGCGUGCACCGUGUUAGGGAGCCCGAGGAGUGGGCUUUGGCAGCUUUUGUAGGAUGUCCCGGCAUGAAGGUGUCAGCUGUGAUGCGUGUUUAAAAGGAAACUUCAGAGGGCGCAGAUACAAGUGUUUAAUUUGCUACGAUUACGACCUCUGCGCAACGUGCUACGAGAGCGGAGCCACUACCACCAGGCAUACAACAGAGCAUCCCAUGCAGUGUAUAUUAACUAGGGUAGAUUUCGACUUGUAUUAUGGCGGGGAAGCCUUCUCAGUAGAGCAGCCACAGUCUUUUACUUGUCCUUAUUGUGGGAAAAUGGGUUAUACAGAGACGUCUCUACAGGAACACGUCACUUCAGAACACGCAGAGACCUCCACAGAGGUGAUCUGUCCAAUAUGUGCAGCGUUACCUGGAGGGGAUCCCAAUCAUGUGACAGACGAUUUUGCAGCUCACCUCACACUUGAACACAGAGCACCUAGAGAUUUAGAUGAGUCCAGCGGGGUCCGGCAUGUGCGCAGGAUGUUCCACCCCGGUCGGGGCCUGGGGGGGCCCCGUGCUCGCCGCUCCAACAUGCACUUUACUAGCAGCUCCACUGGGGGGCUCUCCUCCUCACAGAGCUCCUCUUACUCUCCAAGCAAUAGGGAAGCCAUGGAUCCCAUAGCAGAGCUGUUGUCGCAGCUGUCCGGCGUGCGGCGCUCUGCGGGGGGGCAGCUGAACUCCUCCGGCCCGUCUGCGUCGCAGCUGCAGCAGUUACAGAUGCAGCUGCAGCUGGAGCGUCAGCAGGCGCAGGCUGCACGGCAGCAGCUGGAGACAGCACGCAACGCCACACGCCGCAGUAACCCUGGCAACGUCACCACCACCAUCACACAGACCAGCAGCAACACAAACCCCGCCCCCGCUGACAGCAACCCGCCCGCCUCCCACAGCUCCCAGUUCCUGCUGGCACGGUUGAACGAGCCGAAGAUGUCAGAGGCGGAGCGGCAGGCAUUGGAGGGUGAGCGAGCCGACCGCAGCCUGUUUGUGCAGGAGCUGCUGCUAUCCACACUGAUGCGAGAGGAGAGCAGCUCCUCUGACGAGGACGAGCGCCGAGACUUCGCCGACUUCGGGGCCAUGGGAUGUGUAGAUAUCAUGCCUUUAGAUGUUGCUCUAGAGAACCUAAACCUAAAAGAGAGUAAUAGAGGGAAGGAGCCCCCCUCCCCUCCUCUUUGAUGACAUCACACCUCGCAGACAAUGUCCUCUGUGCUGUAACUGCCAAUAAGAGUGGACAACAGCUAUGUUUGGGUUUGUUUUUUGGUGAUUGUAAUUUCAGGUCUGUCACCCUUAAUACAUUGUGUACAUUCAUAAGAGACAGAGUGAGAGAGUGAUACAAAUAUAUAUAUAAAUAUAUAUAAAUAUAUAAAAAUUGAUAAUCAAUUCCACGUAAUUCAUUUUUACUUAAGCAGGUAAACGUAGGCAGCAGUGGCAGAAGCUGCUCCGCUUCCUGCAGAGGAUAAAUACUCCACAUUCAAAACACAAGAGGAAACAACCCUUCUCUAAUGAAGCUGCUGUGUGUAUUUAUGAAUAUUAAUGAAUAAAAAGUGCUUGGAUGGUUUACCAUAACUACUGCAUGAGGUUAUUCAGUGUGCAUGAGUUUUAAUGACUUUGUCAUUAAAACAGAAAAACAAAGCUUUAACCAUUAUGAAUUUUGAAUCAGAAAGAGUGUAGGCCUUUGGAACUUGCAGUAGCUUUAAAAAGGGCUGCAUCUCAUGGCCCCGGUGUUUUCUUCCCACAUGCGACUUCACUGUCUGACCACCUCCUGCCUGCAUCAUUGGUGUGUGGGGGUCAUGUGAUCUUCAGCACCGCCCCAGAGGCAGAGGACUCAACACUGAGCCCGAGUCUCUUUCAGAGGAAAACCUGUCACUGACACAGAGGUUAAAAUUCUGCUCUCAGUGUAAACAUAUCGGUGUAACCAGCAGAUGUAGUUUCUCAUGCUUUAGACCACACCACUCUCCAUCUCCUGUCCUCUCUCUAAUAUCAGGCCACACCCCUCUCAUUUUCUACAUGGUUGUGGAGGCGGAGCCUGGGCCCCAUUGCAAUGCGUUGAUUGUUAAAAGGCAUGAUCUAGUUUACUCUGCAAAAUAAUGCACCUUCUAUUUAUUGUUUUGUUUCUAUAUUUUUAAGCUUUGUGAUGGAAUCAUGCCUCCAAGCCUAUAUUCUUAUGCUCAAUGUAAAAUACAAUGAGAUGUACAAUGAAUUUGUGCGUUAACUUUCAUACUGGUUCCAGGAAGAGGUGGACUUUCUAAUGUAAAUUUAGAAUAAAACAAUAAAAAACUGCACAUCCUUUGAUGCACAGCCCCUCCCUCUCCCCCGCCUCUAGCUGUGCGUCUGCUGUUUCCCUGUGUCUGAAUGCAACAGGUGGGUCCCAGCAUGUGAAUUACACAGGUGUGUCUGUGUGUCUGUCUGGUACAGACACGUCCAUGUG